GUAGGACUGCGGGGUAAUACCGGGCUUCGCUCCAGGAACCCCGCGAAGGAAGCAAGUUUGACGUCGACCCAGCGGUGGCGGCGCAGCCCCCGGCGUGAGCGCGGUGAUGGGGGGCGGGCAGUAGGGGAGAAGCAGCCGCGUGGCAGAAAUGGGAAGGCCUCGGUGUUUGGUGAUAAACGCGCUAUGUAUUUAAAUGCCCAACUACCACUGAUGAAGAUAUUUUGGAGUAACUGCUGAAACCGAAUUUUAUUGAUCAGAAGACGAUCCCUCUGUUUCGCUUCUUUUGUUUUCCCUACUGCUUUGAGCUUUAUUGUUGUAAUGGCUGGAAAACGUGGAAAAUAAAAACAUGCUGUAGUCGUGAACACUUUUUUUUUUUUGAGGAAAAAUUAAAGUGCCACAGUGAAAGCCAGAAUGGCAUCCAGAGAGAGACUCUUUGAACUUUGGAUGCUAUAUUGUACAAAGAAAGAUCCAGAUUACCUGAAGCUGUGGUUGGACAAUUUUGUUUCUAGCUAUGAACAAUUCUUAGAUGUUGACUUUGAAAAAUUGCCUACAAGGGUAGAUGAUGUGCCUCCAGGAAUAUCUUUGCUUCCUGAUAAUAUUCUGCAGGUUCUUAGGAUCCAGCUGCUGCAAUGUGUUCAGAAAAUGGCAGAUGGUUUAGAGGAACAACAACAAGCCUUGUCAGUUUUACUAGUCAAGUUCUUCAUUAUUCUUUGCAGAAAUUUAUCUAAUGUGGAAGAAAUUGGGACUUGCUCAUACAUUAAUCAUGUCAUCACUAUGACUACACUCUAUAUACAACAAUUAAAAAGCAAAAAAAAGGAGAAGGAAUUGGCAGAUCAGACAUCUAUUGAAGAAUUUGUGAUCCAUGCAUUGGCAUUUUGUGAAAGUUUGUAUGAUCCUUAUAGGAAUUGGAGGCAUAGAAUUUCAGGGCGAAUCCUUAGUACUGUGGAAAGGAGCAGACAGAAAUAUAAACCAGCUUCUCUCACAGUGGAAUUUGUCCCUUUCUUUUAUCAAUGUUUUCAGGAAAGUGAACAUCUUAAGGAAAGUCUUAAGUGUUGCUUAUUGCAUCUCUUUGGAGCCAUUGUAGCUGGUGGACAGAGGAAUGCUUUGCAAGCGAUUUCUCCAGCCACCAUGGAAGUUCUUAUGAGAGUUCUGGCAGAUUGUGACUCCUGGGAAGAUGGGAAUCUUGAAGAAGUGGGAAGGAAGGUAGAACUUACUCUGAAGUGCCUUACAGAAGUAGUACAUAUCCUUCUAACGAGUAGCUCUGACCAACGUCAAGUAGAAACCAGCACAAUUCUGGAGAACUAUUUUAAAUUGCUGAAUUCAGAUCAUUCAGCUUUGCCUAAUCAAAGGAGGUCCAGACAGUGGGAAAACCGAUUCAUAGCCCUACAGAUCAAGAUGCUGAAUACCAUCACAGCUAUGCUAGAUUGUACAGAUAGACCUGUUCUUCAGGCCAUUUUUCUUAAUAGUAAUUGCUUUGAACAUCUCAUACGACUGCUACAAAACUGCAAGGUGUUUCAGGGACAGUUGGAUUGUUUGGCUGUAUCGACCAUUCAGGCUUUGACAGCAGUAAUGAACAAAUCUCCAGCUGCAAAGGAAGUAUUUAAAGAAAGAAUUGGCUAUACACAUCUGUUUGAAGUAUUAAAAUCCCUGGGUCAGCCACCAUUGGAACUACUUAAAGAACUUAUGAAUAUGGCUGUAGAGGGUGAUCACACCUCCGUUGGAAUUUUGGGCAUUAGUAAUGUUCAGCCUCUCUUGCUUCUUAUCCAGUGGCUUCCAGAGCUAGAGUCUCAUGACCUGCAAAUCUUCAUCUCCGAUUGGUUGAAAAGAAUUUGCUGUAUCAAUCGGCAGAGCCGAACUACUUGUGUCAAUGCAAACAUGGGAAUUCAAAUCAUUGAAACACUUGAUUCCCAUUCUUCCCUCCAUCGAACUUGUGCUGAGAACUUGAUUGCGCUGCAUGGGUCCUUAGGGAGUCAGUCAGUGAGCUCCGAAGAAAUCCGUCGACUACUGAGAUUACUGAGAGUGGAUGAAUCUGAGUAUAUUCACCCUUAUACCAUUCCUGUGACUCGAGCAAUCCUGACAAUGGCCCGAAAACAAAGUCUAGAGAAUGCUCUGCAGUAUUUUAAUUUGUCACACAGUAUGGCAGGGAUUUCUGUGCCUUCCAUACAGAAAUGGCCAGGGUCUGCCUUUUCUUUCAAUGCUUGGAUUUGCUUAGACCAGGAUCAAUUGAUGGUUGGCAGUGCCAACAAAGGAGGAAAAAGAAAACAGUUGUACAGCUUUUUUACAGGAAGUGGCAUGGGUUUUGAAGCUUUUAUUACCCAUUCAGGUAUGUUGGUUGUGGCAGUAUGUACAAAAAGAGAAUAUGCAACAGUUAUGCUUCCUGACCACAGUUUCUGUGAUUCCCUUUGGCACAACAUAACCAUUGUUCACAUGCCUGGAAAAAGGCCCUUUGGUCAAAGCCUUAUCUACAUCUAUGACAAUGGACAGCAGAAGGUGUCUGCCCCUUUAAGAUUUCCUGCCAUGAAUGAACCUUUUAUUUCCUGCUGCAUUGGUUCAGCUGGGCAAAGAACUACCACUCCUCCACCAUCCCAAAUCCCAGAUCCACCUUUUUCUUCUCCUAUUACCCCACAUCGGACAUCAUUUGGUGGAAUUCUAUCAUCAGCCUCCUGGGGAGGAACUAUUGAAAAAUCAAAAUUGGUUUCCAAAUUGAUAUCAGCUGGAACCCAAGACAGUGAGUGGGGUUGUCCCACAUCUCUGGAGGGUCAGCUAGGGUCUGUUAUCAUCUUCUAUGAAGCACUACAGCCUUCUCAGGUGAAAGCAUUAUAUUUGGCAGGUCCAAACUGUUUAAGCCCUUGGAAAUUUCAAGAGUCCGACUUGAUUGAUCUACCGGGUAAUGUCCUUCUUCACUACACUGCAAAGGCCUGUAAAAACUCUAUCUGUCUUGAUUUGUCUGCUAAUUGUUUGCAUGGAAGGUUAACAGGAAACAAGGUAGUGAACUGGGACAUUAAGGACAUCAUAAGCUGCAUAGGUGGAUUGAAUGUACUCUUUCCUCUUUUGGAACAAUUAAGCCACUUCAGUGAAGGACAAAUUCCUGAAGGAGUGAAUGAAAGCACAGUUUCUGAAAUGAUAACACCUGUAGAAGGAGACUGGGUUAUGUUGACCUCCACAAAGGCAUCAGAAUCAAGACUAGAGAAAAAUUUAAUUGCAACAUUUAUUUUGAUUGUGAAACACCUUAUUCAAAGACAUCCUAUUAACCAGGACAAUCUUAUUCACUCCCAUGGAGUUUCUAUUCUUGGUGCCUUACUUCAAAAGGUACCAGCUACCUUGAUGGAUGUUAAUGUAUUGAUGGCAAUCCAAUUACUAAUUGAGCAGGUGUCACUGGAGAAAAACAUGCAGCUCCUGCAACAAAUGUAUCAGUAUUUACUUUUUGACUUUAGAAUUUGGAACCAUGGAGAUUUUCCCUUUCGAAUUGGUCAUAUACAGUAUCUUUCCACCAUCAUUAAAGAUAGCAGGAGAGUUUUCCGAAAGAAGUAUGGUGUACAGUUUCUCCUCGAUACACUUAGGAUUUAUUAUGGGAGUGAUUGUAAAUAUAGUGAGCUGUUUCUAGAUGAUAUUCGAACAAUAAGGACUUCUUUGUAUGGACUAAUUAAAUAUUUUCUGUGCAAAGGUGGGACUCAUGAAGAGAUACAAAGUAUUAUGGGUUACAUAUCUGCUAUCAAUGAAGAAGAACAGCUCUUUGGGAUUUUGGAUGUACUCUUCAACCUCCUACGUACCAGCCCAACUAGAGGUCAGCUUUUCUUACUGCUAUUCGAACCAGGAAAUGCUGACAUACUUUAUUCCUUGCUCUUAAAUCAGAAGUACUCUGACAAACUAAGAGACAUCAUCUUUAAGGUUUUGGAACAAAUGUUGAAGUGCACCAAUGUUUAUGAACGAAGUAAACAACGUAUUCGACUCAGAGAAGUGGGCUACUCAGGAUUGGGACUCCUUCUGAAUGAAACACCUGUCAGUACAUCUCUCAUGAAAAACCUCACCAAUCAAAUCGUAAAUAUAGACCCUGCUAUUAAUUUCAAAGAUUUGUUAUCUGUGGUAUAUAUAUCUCACCGAGCUUAUAUAAAUGUUAGAGUUGUCAUCUGCAGAAAGGUUUUACAGAUUUUAAAGUCCCAACCAGAUGCAGCACACCAUAUAUCUCAACAAGUUGGCUGGCAAGACACUUUGGUUAGACUUUUUAUAAAAGCAAAUUUUGAAAAUGGAAAUACUCUUCAUAAACACAAUAGGACUACUUUAGUGAAAGACAAUGAUAAAAAUAUAUCAACUGAAGAUAUCAAGAACUUUGAUGAAAAAACAGAUGAGGAAAAAAUGAACUCUUUUGCCUCAGCUCAUUUAUCUUCAGAUCAAUGGAGUUUGGAGGAUAGACAUUCUCUAGACUCAAACAUACCACUGUUUCAAGAAGAUAGUUCUGUGGGAGAAUUAUCUUUCAAAUCAGAGAAUCAAGAAGAAUUCUGGCAUAACAAUCAUUCACAUUUAAGUUUAGAUCUCAGUGGAAUUGAUUCAUGUGAACUGAGUGACAGUGGAAAUCAAAUGCCAGAUAGCCUGCCUAGCACUCCAUCCCCAAUAGAGUCUAUUAAAUCAUUUUCUGUGCAGCCUGACAAAGAGAGCAGCAUCACAAAUGAUAUGGACUUGAGUGAUGACUUCUCUUUACUUGAAAGCCAAGAGAAGUAUGAUGAGGAGCUUCUUCAGUUAUUGACAAGUAUUUUGCAUUGUGUAAUGUGUAAAGGACUAGAAAAGUCUGAUGAUGAUACAUGGAUUGAACGGGGACAGGUGUUUUCAGCACUAUCUAAACCUGGAAUCUCCAGUGAAUUACUUCGACCAGCAGAUGAAAUAAAACUAAUUUUGUUACAGAAGAUGUUAGAAUGGGCAGUCACAGAAAACAGAGAAGCAAAAACUAACCCAGUGACUGCUGAAAAUGCCUUCCGACUUAUGCUGAUCAUACAGGACUUUCUGCAGUCAGAAGGACUUGUUAAUUCAAACAUGUGGACUGAGAAGCUUUUUGAGGAUAUGAUGCUGCUCUUUGAUGGUCUGUCCAUUUGGUAUUCUGAAAGUCCAGAAUGGGUAAAACUCUCUCAGAUUCAAGUUCAGUUGCUUCUUGGAUUCAUUGGAAGGGGUAAUUUGCAGGUUUGUGCAAUGGCAUCAGCUAAGCUAAAUACCCUUCUUCAGACCAAAAUGUUUGACAACCAGGAGGAAGCCUGUUACAUUUUAGGGAAGUUGGAGCAUGUCCUCAGUCAGUCAAUCAAGGAACAGACUGAAAUCUACUCAUUUCUCAUUCCUCUUAUCCGUACCUUGGUGUCCAAAAUUUAUGAACUCCUCUUCAUGAACUUGCACCUGCCGUCUUUCCCUAUUUUUAAUGGAAAUGCCUCAUUUUUUGAAGAUUUUCGGGAAUAUUGCAAUUCAAAUGAAUGGCAAGUUUAUAUUGAAAAAUAUAUUGUACCUUAUAUGAAACAAUAUGAAACACAUACAUUUUAUGAUGGUCAUGAGAACAUGGCACUUUAUUGGAAGGAUUGUUAUGAAGCCUUAAUGGUGAAUAUGCAUAAGCGAGAUCGGGAAGGAGGAGAAAGCAAACUGAAGUUUCAGGAAUUUUUUGUGGUGCCAUUUAAUCGAAAAGCUCGACAAGAGAACUUGAGGUGUAACAAUAUGCUUAAACAACUUAGCAGUCAACACUUGGCGACUCUGAGACGCUGGAAAGCAAUAAAACUCUAUCUUACAUGUGAGAGGGGCCCUUGGGCUGAAAGGAAACAGCAUGCAAUUCACUGGAAGCUAGCUAAUGUGGAAAAUUAUUCCCGCAUGAGACUUAAAUUGGUACCAAAUUAUAACUUCAAAUCCCACAAUGAAGCUAGCGCACUGAGAGAUAAUCUAGGUAUUCAACACUCACAGCCUUCUAGUGAUUCUUUGCUUUUGGAAGUAGUGAAACAAGUAAAAGUUAGUGAUAUGGAGGAGGAUAAGUUAGAUCUUCCAGAAGAGGAUUUGACCAAAGCAAAUAAUGAUGAGAAAGAAGAACAAGAUCAAAAAGAAAAAUUAGUGUUGUCAGAAGACUGUGAACUCAUUACAAUAAUUGAUGUAAUUCCUGGCAGACUAGAAAUCACUACUCAGCACAUUUACUUUUAUGAUGGCAGCAUUGAGAAAGAAGAUGGAGCAAGCUUUGAUUUCAAGUGGCCUCAUUCUCAAGUUCGAGAGAUUCAUUUGCGGCGUUACAACUUAAGGAGAUCAGCCCUUGAAAUUUUUCAUGUUGACCAGUCCAACUACUUUCUUAAUUUCAAAAAAGAGGUUAGAAACAAAGUAUAUAGUAGACUGUUGUCACUUCAUUCUCCAAAUAGUUAUGGAACUGGAUCACCACAGGAGUUAUUCAAAGCAUCAGGACUGACUCAGAAAUGGGUAAACAGAGAGAUAUCAAAUUUUGACUACCUCAUUCAAUUAAAUACAAUGGCAGGACGAACCUAUAAUGACCUUGCACAGUAUCCUGUGUUUCCCUGGAUUUUACAAGAUUAUACUUCAGAAGAAUUGGACCUUAAUGACCCAUCAGUAUUUCGAGAUCUUUCCAAACCAAUUGGAGUAGUUAAUGAUAAAAAUGCCAAAGCAAUGAGGGAGAAAUAUGAAAAUUUUGAGGAUCCUAUGGGAACUAUUGAUAAAUUUCAUUAUGGUACUCACUAUUCAAAUUCCGCUGGAGUCAUGCACUACCUUAUUCGUACAGAACCAUUCACUACUCUCCAUAUCCAGCUUCAGAGUGGAAGGUUUGACUGCGCAGAUCGACAAUUCCAUUCCAUCCCUGCUACCUGGCAAACUCUAAUGGACAAUCCAUAUGAUGUGAAGGAACUUAUCCCUGAAUUCUUCUAUUUCCCAGAAUUUUUGGAAAAUCAAAAUAACUUUAACUUGGGUCGUCUGCAAGUUUCCAAAGAACUAGUAAAUGAUGUCAUUCUCCCCAAAUGGGCUAAGUCAGCUGAAGAUUUCAUCUAUAAACAUAGGAAGGCAUUGGAGUCUGAAUAUGUUUCUGCUCAUCUUCAUGAAUGGAUAGAUCUGAUUUUUGGCUAUAAACAGAGAGGACCAGCUGCAGUGGAAGCACUUAAUGUUUUCUAUUAUUGUAGUUAUGAAGGAGCUGUGGAUCUGGAUGCCUUAACAGAUGAGAAAGAAAGAAAGGCCUUAGAAGGGAUGAUUAAUAAUUUUGGGCAAACACCUUGUCAACUGUUAAAGGAGCCACACCCUCCUAGAUUAUCAGCAGAGGAAGCAGCACAGAAGCAGACCAAAACAGACACUUCAACUGUAAACUUAUUUCAACACCUCUCUGAACUGAAGUCAUUUUUUAUAGAGGGAAUUAGUGAUGGCAUUCCAAUAAUAAAGGCCAUUGUCCCAAAAAAUCAGUCUCGUUCUUUUAUGUCUCAAGGCAGUCCUGAAUUACUGGUAACAGUAAGCAUGAAUUAUGUUAUUGGAACUCAUGGAUGGUUGCCUUAUGACAGAAACAUUUCUAAUUAUUUUACAUUCUUCAAGGAUCAAUCUGUGACUAAUCCAAAAACUCAGCGUAGUAUGAAUGGCCCUUUUGCUCCAGGGCUGGAGAUCACUUCUAAGCUAUUUAUAGUAUCACAUGAUGCAAAGUUGCUUUUCAGUGCUGGACACUGGGAUAAUAGCAUUCAAGUGAUGUCACUUACAAAAGGCAAAGUUAUUUCACACAAUAUCAGACAUAUGGAUGUUGUGACCUGUUUAGCUACAGAUUACUGUGGAAUACAUUUGAUUUCUGGCUCAAGAGAUACUACUUGUAUGAUAUGGCAAAUAACACAACAGGGAGGUGUUCCAGUGGGCUUGGCAUCUAAACCCUUUCAGAUCCUUUAUGGACACACUGAUGAGGUAUUGAGUGUCUCCAUCAGCACUGAACUAGACAUGGCUGUGUCAGGAUCAAGAGAUGGCACUGUGAUCAUACAUACCAUUCAGAAGGGUCAGUAUAUGAGGACCUUACGACCACCUUGUGAAAGUACUCUACUCCUUACCAUUCCCAAUUUGGCCAUAUCUUGGGAUGGACAUAUAGUCAUCUACUCCAGCAUUGAAGAAAAAACAACCCUCAAGGAUAAGCAUGCAUUACAUCUGUAUUCUGUAAAUGGCAAGUAUCUAGGAUCUCAAACCCUGAUGGAACAAGUAUCAGAUAUAUGUAUAAUCGGAGAACACAUUGUCUUGGGCAGCUUACAAGGAUUCCUGUCCAUAAGAGAUCUUCACAGCUUGAAUCUGAGCGUCAACCCAUUGUCCAUGAGAUUGCCUAUUCACUGUAUUUGUGUAACCAAAGAAUACAGCCAUAUUCUUGUAGGAUUAGAAGAUGGCAAAUUGAUUGUAGUAGGUGUUGGGAAGCCAGCAGAGGUGCGAACAGGUCAACUUUCUCGAAAAUUCUGGGGAGCUAACAAGCGAGUAAGCCAGAUUUCAGCUGGAGAAACUGAAUAUAACACCCAAGAUUCUAUGUGAUUGUUUCACCACCUCUAUGCUGGAUAACUGAAAUUUUACUUAUUGCUUCAUCACUUUAUCUCUAACUUUCUCAGAUAUUUUGGGACUUUUAUCCUUGAUACUUACUUAGUGACUACCAAAAUUUGUAUGGUUUAUAUAUGAGGAAGUAGCUUAGAUUACUCUCCACUUAAAACAGUUUUGGUUAACAUUAAACCCAGUUCAAUCUUAGUAAUUAAUUUUCAGUCUUUACUAAAGUGAAUCUGAUGAAAGUAUUGAUUAGAUUUAAUGAUCUAUUCCUAAAGAUUAGGCCCAUCUUUAAAGAAAACUUCUAAAAAUAAAGAAGAAAAUUUAUAAAGAGAAAAAUUUAAAGUAUGUUCUAAAAAGAGUACAGAUAAUGGGACAGUUGAGAGACAUGGCUUUUUUUUUAUAACAGUUUAUUUUUACAUCAUUUUGUAC